AUGGCACGGACGCACAAGACUGCCCAGAUCAAGGCCCAAAUGGCGGAGAAGGCUCGCAUCGAAGAAGAGGAAGCACGUCGUCGUGAGGAGGCUCGAAUCGCGGACCUCGACAGUGCGAGAACGCGCUCUGAGAAAGCUGGUGCGCUUGUCCGUGCGUGCGAGCGUCAGAACGUAGGGUCGACGGACUCUAGUACUUCAGGGGCUAAUGCCCUAGUGGUAGACAAAGAGCCCGACGGCGAAGAAUCCGCCGGUGAAGAAUCAGAAGAUGAAGUCCAAGAAGAAGAAGAAUCAGAAAUAGAAGAUGAUGAAGAUAAAGAAGAAAAUGAAGAAGAAGAAGGAGAACUUGAGGAGAAGCCUCCCACCAGUCGAGAUACUAAAGGAAAGAAAAGAACUCUUUCGGACGUGGAAGACGAGGAGUUAGUGAGAGUUCCUGCUUUCAAGAAGGAACACGACUCCUGGGCAAGCCUGGAGUUUAGCUUGCGAGAGUAUAUGAACACAACGCACCAGAAGAUAGUGAUCAAGGAGGUUAUUCAUACUGCACGGCGCAACGCUGCUCUUCGGUCUCAAGUACGGUUCAAAGGGCGUCCAGACUCUGAUAUUCCACUCGUCCCGGCCGAACUAGAGCCGUACCAACGCAAGUACAUCUGCACACACGGGUGGUCUGAGCGAGAACGUUCAACUGGAAAGCGGACAUCGCAUGCAUUACGCCGCACGGAUUGCCCGUUCCAGAUGCUAGCCCAAUUGGCGAAGAAGACGGAUGGAUCCUGGUGCGUUUCGAUUAAACGUGAGGUCUACGAGCACAACCACUUCGUUUCCGAGGAUAUCUACAGGUUUUAUCCAGGUAUUCGGCAGGUUUCUGCUGACUCGCCGCUCAUGCCUGGGGUUGAGUUGCUGGUCGAGGCUCAGGCUGGGACAUCAAGCGUCUACGACUACAUUCGCAGCAACUCAAAUCACCGCGUGACCAUGGACGACGUCCGCAGCAUGAUUUCGCGGUUGCGGAGUGUGGAACUUUCUGACAAUGAUGCGGUGUCUGAGAUGAUUGUGGAGUUUAAUCUGGAGUCGUCAAAGAACGUGUCGACUGUCAAUGAGAAUGCUCGCGGUGAUACCGGCGUUAUCUCGUUCACAAGUGGACACAUGCGUGCGAUGUUGAACAGUUUUCCAGAAGUGAUCCAACUUGAUUGUACUCAUAAAACCAACCAAUAUAACUAUCAGUUACUGAGCAUGGUUGCAAUGGAUCAGUACGGUCAAGGCCAACCUAUUCAAUACUCACUGCUCGAGACUAAUUCGGACUGGAACAUGGCCAAGGCCUUGGAUCACUUCAAACGUGCUAACGAGCGGUGGAAGUCUGUUCGCAUUGUAAUCGUCGACAAAGACAUGAAAGAGAUCGAUGUGAUCCGACAGAAGUUGCCUGAGGCUCGGAUUCUCCUGUGUCAUUUCCACGUGAUAAAAUGGCUGCACAAUACUAUCCGGAAUUCAAGAAAGUUCGGAGUCUAUGAGGAAGAAGUCCUGGUGCAAAUGAGGCACAAUAUCACUAACAUGACCUACGCAAGAACCGUAGCUGACUACGAGAAGUACAGAGGAGAGUUCGAGCAUUUGGCAUGUCGUGGUGGGCGGACCCAACUGUGGACUUACUUCAAGAAAAACUGGGAUUCUCUCACAGAGAUGUGGGUGAUGGCUCACCGAGCUGAUCUGCCUCACUUCAACAACCACACGAACAAUUGCGUGGAGAGUCUGUUUGGUAAACUGAAGCGAACACUCAAGGGAAAGCUGACAAUGCGGACCAGUUUGGAGGCACUUUUCGCUUACCAGAAGCGUUUGGAGGAGGACUACAGAUCCAAAGUGUCGAUGCCAGGGACAUUGAGAGAUGUGGCUUACACAGAGGAAAUGAACAUCGCCUUAGGUAUGACGACACACUGGGUUGCACAAGCUAUCAAGACGCAAUACGAUGUUGCAGUGAAUGACAACCUCGCUAGCGCUUACGCUUACAAAGAUAACGGUUCUACUGUUACUGUGACACGUGAUAACCACGAGUUCCUGAGUGAGAAAGACGGACGGACGUGCGACUGCGAGUUCUCACAGACGAUGAAGUUGCCGUGUCGCCACGUCAUGGCUUUCAGAAAGGCGUGUGGCAAUCCAUUCAUCAUCUCUUAUGCUGCCAUCGAGUCCAGAUGGUUUGGCCAAAGCCGGUGUUCACCCGACGAGUUGUCUGAGCUAUCCGAUCCCUUUGUAGCCAAAAUAUUCAAGUCCAAACGCGACGCAACACCACGGAACGCUGGACUUAGCGAGCCACAGAAGUACAGGCAAGCUCAGCAAGCCUUUGCUCGCAUUGGAGAUGAACUGGCACGUUUGGAGGACGGAGAGUUCGUGUGUGCGCUGCAGCAAUUGGAUCAGUGGUGGUAUAAUUUGAGGCAGGGGAAAAGACUAAAGGGGGCGAGGACAAGUUCGGAGGAUGAGGUGAAGACGCAAUACGAUGUUGCAGUGAAUGACAACCUCGCUAGCGCUUACGCUUACAAAGAUAACGGUUCUACUGUUACUGUGACACGUGAUAACCACGAGUUCCUGAGUGAGAAAGACGGACGGACGUGCGACUGCGAGUUCUCACAGACGAUGAAGUUGCCGUGUCGCCACGUCAUGGCUUUCAGAAAGGCGUGUGGCAAUCCAUUCAUCAUCUCUUAUGCUGCCAUCGAGUCCAGAUGGUUUGGCCAAAGCCGGUGUUCACCCGACGAGUUGUCUGAGCUAUCCGAUCCCUUUGUAGCCAAAAUAUUCAAGUCCAAACGCGACGCAACACCACGGAACGCUGGACUUAGCGAGCCACAGAAGUACAGGCAAGCUCAGCAAGCCUUUGCUCGCAUUGGAGAUGAACUGGCACGUUUGGAGGACGGAGAGUUCGUGUGUGCGCUGCAGCAAUUGGAUCAGUGGUGGUAUAAUUUGAGGCAGGGGAAAAGACUAAAGGGGGCGAGGACAAGUUCGGAGGAUGAGGUGAACAGGGAGACCGAGAACUGUAACGGAGGAGCAGGUGCAGAAAACGCGAAUGAAUGCAGUGAUUCGGAAGCUCCUACUCAAAAGGCUACAGAAGGGCCCCCUUUCAGUUCAGUAGGGAGGUUGAAGGGCGGAAGUGCGAUGGCGACGUCCGUACCAACCGUGCCUUUGUCAGGAAAAGUGAGGCGAGUUGGCCGCCCAAAAUUGAAUCGCGCAGAAGUUAGGGAAAAGACACGCGUUGCUCUCAAAGAGUACAACGCCGGAAUGAAUUUGAGAGUGAUCCUCCGCGAAAGUGACGUUUGCGACGUUGUCGCCACCCUGCACGAAAUAAAGCCUGCUGUACGAAUCGUCGGUUCGUAUUUAGGUACCCACCAGGUCAAGACCGUUCACCAAAACCGUGCGAUGAAGUGGAGUGUCGACGAAGAAUAUGUGGCUUCACGAGUGCGAUUUAGACUCCCGGAAAGUGUUAUUGAUGACGCUUUAAACCUGCUAAAGAAUGGAAUUGGCCGGGACGAAGAGAUUGAGCUCGGUAGUGAUGGAGAAAGGACUGGAGAUAUCACUUGUUUCGUGGUCACCAUCGAAAAACUGGGUCAGUUUACACGUGAACAACUGGAAGCGAUGAAGUGGUUGUGGAAUUUGCAAGCGGCAUGUUGUAAUGCCGUUCUGAGUUGUACUUGGCUAAGUAGCGUUGUCAAACCUGUGGCCGAGCAACCUGUUGCCCCACAAGUAACAAACUUGCAAAUUCUAGAGUGCUGGCCGUAUGCAGAGCUAAAAGGAUUCGGAUUCGAUUUGACUUACUCGGAUCUGUUCUGUCUGCGAGACUCUGUAUGGAUGAUGGACAACACCAUGAGAGCUGUCACUGUAUCCCUGGGACGCUACAAGAAGAGUUUGAGCGUUAUGUUGCCUCCUCCGACCGGGAACCCAAGUGAAGAACUGCAAUCCAGCACCAUUGACGAGAUUAGCCAAGCGACCACGAAGCGACCUUUCGUAUUGCUGCCUAUUAACCUGGGAGGUGUCCAUUGGGCUGGUAUAAUAGUGAAUCGAGCUGAAAAAAAGGUGAUGAUUUACGACAGCUUGAACGGCGCCAAAGACAGAAAGGAGCUGAGAAAGUUGGCGGACUUCAUUACGACAAAGGCUUUGAGAGAUGAAUCGUACCUGAAAGUGGAUGUUACGGAGCCGACGCAGAUGGACAGCAACAACUGUGGAGUUUUCGUGAGCCUAUUCUUUUGGAGUGCAGUGAGCGAUGAAGCUCCAAGUGAUCUUUCGCCUACUGGUCUCACCAAGCUACGGUGGUCACUGCUCAACGCGAUUUUGAAGAUGAAGCAGCGCUAA